AUGUACCGCUGCGGGCUGCCUCUCUCCACACGCAGGCAUGUGCCGACAGCCCUUGUCCACAGUGGCAAGGGCGUCGCGAGGCGCAACAGCGGGGCUACCUGGACUGCACGCCGCAGCUUCACGAGCAGUCCAACGCUGCGCUCCUCUCCACCCGUCUCGGAGUUGCCUUCUUCUACCCCUGCCGCACCCUCUCCGUUGCCAUUCCCUUCGGCGUUUACAGCCAGCAAUGCUGCCGAGACUGCUGCAGUCCCUUCUGCGGGCACCUCGUCUCCGCUCGGCACUGGUACUGAUGCUGCGGUUACUGCAACCGUGAAUGACCUUCAUGCUGGCCAGGUACCCAGCACACCUGCGGAGGUGGAGGAAGCGUUUGCCUGCUCUGUGCAAGCGCGCACGGUCAGCAAUGUGCAACUGCGCCGCUACAUUGACCACCUGCCGCCGAAGGACUACUCCUUGGCGCUGGCGGCCGUGAAGGGUGCCAAGUCUGCCGGGCUGCGCAUCAGCGCCUCCACCUAUGAGGCACUCCUUUCCUCUCUCAUGAGCGGCGGGCAGCUGCGGGCAAGCAUGGAGCUCUACAAAGCUAUGAUAAAGCAGCACGUGGCGCCGACGCCGAACAUGUACGCAGCGUUGAUGGAGAUGUGCCUGCAGCGCGGCAUGCCCAAAGCUUGUCAGUCACUAUUCGACGAUAUGCAACAGCGCGGCGUGCGACCUGCUGCCCGCAAUUACGAGCUGAUGAUCACAAGCCUCUCCGCAGAGGUGCCGCCGCAGUGGGCGCGCGCUAUCGAGGUCUUUGACAGGAUCUCUCGUGAGCGCAGAAGUCGCAUCACCGCCAAGACCUACAAUGCCCUCAUGCGGGUCUACAUGAACAUGGAUCCGUUCGACUGGCGCAUCGUAUAUAACUGCUACAGCGAAAUGCGCAACCGUCGUCCGCGUGUGCCGCUGGAGUGGGAGAGCUAUCUCAUCCUCUGCGAGGCGCUGCGAAAGGGCCGGGCCGGCUACGUGCGCAGGGGCAUGGCAUACAUAGAUGCCUGGAUCGCUGUGACGCCGCUGCGCUCGUGGAACUUCUUGAUAGGGGCGAUGGUGUACUUGGCGUUCAUGAUGGUGCUGAAGUCGAUCAUGGGGUACUUCGUCGUGUGGUACUACGAGUCGAGUGUCCCCUCCACGUCGGACUCCGUGCUUCCCAGGUGA